AAAUUAUAUUUAAAAAUGCAAAAAAAAAUGAACCAGAAAAUAUUACAGAAAUGCCUUAAAACCCUGAAGAACCGUAUUUCCAAAAAAAGAAAAAGGGAACUAGAAAAACAAAUGGUUUCUUUUUUCUGUGAACAAGUAUUUAAGAAAAAAUAUUUUCAUAUAAUUUGCCAUGUGUGUAAAAUAAAAAUGAUGGAAAGAAAUAUGAUUAUUUUAAAAAUAGUUAAUAAUCAUUUGAUUUAUUUGUUAAGAAGACAUUUUCAUAUAUGGAAAUAUUAUAUUGAUAAAAAAAAAGAAUAUAAACAAAAGAUUGAAUUGAUUAAUAUAAAUAAGAAAUCCAAGAUAUUUUACUUCAUGUUAUAUUUGAAAAUUAAAAAUAAUUAUGAUAAUAUCUGUGUAUUAUAUAAGAUAUACAAUUUAUUUCAUUCCUGUAGUUGUAAGAUAAUAAAUCUUGAUGAAGCACUUACAUAUAGGAAUAAGUCGAAAUGCUGUAAUAUAUAUGAAGAUGGAAAUUAUAUACUUGGAUAUUAUGAAAGUCAAAAUAAAGAUCUUAAAGAUGGUGUUUAUGAAUAUAUGGAUUUUCCUUUGUAUAAUAAAAAAAAUAUAUUACAGAAAUAUGUACAUUUAAAAAAGAAAGUUGUAAUGUUAAAUAAAAUAUAUAACGAAAUAAAAUUUAAAGAUGACAAUUUAUUAUAUUUGAAUAAAAUAAAAAAUAAAGGGAAGAAAAAACAGCAAGGUAUACAAAACCAUAUACAUAUAUGUUAUAUGUUAAAGAAUAGUAAUAUGAGUAGUUUGUUAUUAAAUUAUUUAUUGAUGUAUGAUUAUUAUGAUAUGUAUUAUUUCUGUUUACAUAUUAAAAAGCAUUUUAAUGUUUUAUAUAAUUAUUUUUUUAAUUUGUUAUCUGUAAAAAUGAAAAAAUUAUUAUUUAAGUUUUUUAAGAAGAGUGUUUCUUUAUCUAAUUUUAUAAAGAUGGUUAGUGUAACGGAUAAAGACAUACACCAGCAUUUUAAGAUAUUAAUUUUUAUUUAUUAUUUGUUUAGUGGUUAUAUUAGAUAUUAUCACAGGAAUGGUCAAGGUGGUAAUACAAUGGAUGGAAAUAAUGAAAUGAUGAGUGAUAUUAAUAAAAUAGGUGAUGGCAAUAGUAGUAGUAAUAAUAAUAAUAUAUAUAUUAUUAUAACAAAAGUUAUUAACAAUUUCCUAUAUAUCAAAGGAUCUUAUGUUGAUGAAGAAGAAUCCGUACAUGAUAUUCCUAAAAAUUAUCUAAAAAUUAAUAAAAUAAAUUUAAAAGGCUCAAAUAAAUUAAAUAAAAAAUAUAUAUCUAAAAGGGAAAAAAAGAAAAAAUGUAUAUAUGUGGAUAAAAAAAUAAAAAGAGAAAAUAAAAACAUGUUAAUAAAAAGUUGUAAUAAUAAAUAUACGGUAUAUAUUAAUACUGAUGAGAAAAAAAAAAAUGUUGAUGAAUACAUGAAUUCAAAAUUGAAUAAGGUGUCCAAUUUGAAUUCAUUUAUGUCACAUGUGUCAUAUAUUUCUUCAGUAGGUUCAUCAAAUAAUAGUAGGGAAUAUAUAAUAAGUAGAAAGGAAGAAAUAAUAAAUGAAAAGGACCAAAACAUCAGAAAUAUACAUAUAAAUAAUAUUUAUAAUAAUAAAAAUUAUUAUCAUUAUUUUUAUUCUGAUAAUUGUAGGGAUAUAAACAAAAUGUCUAUACUAAAGGAUUAUAAAAAUAUACAAGAUGAUUUAUUAAAAAACAAAAUUGAAAAAGAUAUGAAAGAAUACAUAAGACAAUUUUAUGAACAUUUAAAAAUUUAUAUUUUAUCAAAUUUUCGAGAAACUGAUAAUAGUACGAUUAGUAUAAAAAUGAAUUAUUCAUUUUUAUUAAAUGUUGAAAAGAACAAAAUAAUUGAAAUGUAUAUAUUUUUUAAAAGAUUUAAAAAAGUUGUAAUAUCAUGGAAAAUAUAUUGUAAAUAUAAAAAAGAAAGAAGAGAAGAUGAUUUAAACAAAAUGAAUAAUAUACAAAAUAAGAUAAGAAAAGGAAUUGUUGAAAAAUAUUUUGGUAUAUGGAUUUUAAUAUUUAAUGAAAAAGUUAAAGAAAUAAAAAGGAAGAGAAAAAUAUUUUUAAAAAAACAUAUACAUAUGAUAUUUGUUUCUUGGCAUAAAUUAAUACAAGUAAAUAAUUAUGAUAAAGAAAAAUUUAAAGAAUUAAAACAAGUUUGCUUUAAUAGAAUGAAAAAAACAUAUUUUGAAAAAUUUUAUUUAUAUUCUAUAAAAAUGAAGAAUGAAAAAAGAAAUUAUGUAAUAAUUAAAAAACAGUGUAAUAUUAAAAGAAAACAGACAUUUUUUUAUGUAUGGUUAUUAUUAUAUCAAUAUGAAAAAAAAUAUUAUUAUAUAAAUAAACAAAUGAAUAAUAAAAAAUUACAAGAAUAUUUUUAUAAAUGGAUAUAUAUUUAUGAAAAAAAGCAAAUAUAUAUACAUUUUUGUAACACAUUAAAUGAACUUUUUCUUAAAAAAUAUAUAUUUCUUCCUAUUAUUAAGCAAUUCAAAUUCUAUAAUUAUAUAAAAGAGAAAAAGAAUAAUAUAGAAAAGAAAUAUUUUCUUAUAUAUUAUAAUAUUAUAAAAAAAAAUAAUAUUCUGAACAAAUUACAAUUAUAUAUAUAUACAUCUAUUCAAUAUAAAGAAUUAAAAUAUCUCUUUAACAUUUGGAAUAAAAAAUAUAAAAAAAGAAAAAUAUGCAGAGAUGAAUUACACCAAAUUAUAAUAAAUAAAAAAAGAAAAUAUUUAGACCAUUGGCUAGUCACAUAUAAACAAAGUAAAAAUAAUGUUAUAAAAAAAUGUAUGCAUCUGAAUAAUUUUAAAACCAUGUUAUAUUGGAAUAAAUGGAUGUCAUAUCAUCGUUAUAUCAAAAUAAUAAAAAAGAAUAAUAAAUAUUUAUUAUUAAAAUAUUUUUCUAUAUAUAAAAGAAAAUAUAAUACAAAUGUAGUAAUACAAAAUUUUAUAAAAAAGAAAAAUAGUAAAAUAAUAAAAGAUAUAUUUACUGUUUUAAAAGAAUACAAAGAGGUGAAAAAAUAUCAUAAACAUAUAAAAGAAUACUGUAAUACAUAUUAUAAGAAAAAGACAUUGAAGAUAUUUUAUUCUUAUUGGUUAUAUGAAUAUUAUAAAAUAAAGAAAAUUAAAAAUGUGUUACAUUAUAUGUUUAAAAUAUAUGAUGAUAAGAUGAAAAGAGUAAUUUUGAAUAAAUGGAUAACAUAUGUAAAUAAAAAAAGGUUUUUAAAGAAUAUACAUAAUAAUAUUGUAAAAUCAAAAAAUAAUAUAAUAAUAAAGAAAUGUUUUUUUAUGUGGAAUAAAUUAUAUAAUUUUUUAAAUAAAAAAAAAAGAAAUAUAAUGUAUACAUAUAUACAUAUUUGGAAUAUUCAUUAUACAUUUGUAGGUUUUAUUAAAAAGAUAAAUAUUUAUCUUUAUAAUAUAUAUCAAAAUAAUAUAUUUUCCUUUUAUUAUAUAUUAAAAAAGAAAAAUGAAAAUUAUUAUUGCUUACAAGAGAAAGGAAAAUUCGUAUUCAUCCAAAAUCAAAUAUGUGAAUAUUUAAAAUAUAAAAAUGAUAUAUUAUAUGACACAUUUCGUUCAUUAUAUAUGUAUAAAGAAAAGAAUAAGACAUUAAGAAAAUAUUUAGAAUUAUAUAAAAUGAGAAAUAUACAAAAGGAGAAAAGGAAAAUAUUUUUUAUAUUAUUAAAAUAUAAAAAUAUAAAAAAAAAAAAAAAUUUUUUAUUGUCCAAUUUGUAUACAAAUAUUAUUAAUCAAAAAAAAGAAUAUCUUUUAAAAAAAUAUUUUAUAAUAUUAACAAAUAUAUAUUUUUAUAAUUACCAUUUAAAUAUAUGUGCGAAAACUAUUAACGAUAGAAGAGAAAAGAGAAUAAUUAAUUUUUACCUGAAUAAAUGGAUAGAAUAUAUUAAACAAUGUAAACAAUUAAAUCAUUUAGACACGUUGUCACAACAAUUUUUAAAUUAUCGUAGGAGAUCUGAAUUUAUAAUUUCUUUAAAACAAUAUUAUGUAGAACAUAAAUGGAAAAAUUAUUGUGAAUAUAACUCAUUAAUUUUUUAUAAAAAAGUACAAGAAAGAAUGUUAUCAAACUUUAUUAAAUUUUGGAUUAUUAAAUCCAAACAAUUUGAAUAUUUCCAACAAAAAUUGGAUGAAUUUCAAAAACAAUAUAAUAAAAAUAUUAUAAAAAAAUAUUUCUUUCUCUUAAUUUUUUCGAUAAAUAAAAUUAAAAUUGAAAAGAAAAAUUUUGAUAUUGUUCAUUUGAAAAGAAUAAAAAUGAUAAAAUAUAAAGUUUUUUAUUAUUUAUAUGAUAUGUCAAUGUCUAGUAUAAAAAAAUAUGAACAAGUCAUGUCAACAUUGAAGGAUCAAAAGGGGAACGAAAUAUAUUUGAAAAGAAAAUUUUAUUUUGCUUUUUUUAAUUAUAUCAAAUAUAAGAAUCGAAUUCACCACAUCUUCAUAACUCUUCAGGAAAAAAAAAACUUGAACCUUCUGAGAAAGCACUUUUACAUUUUUAUCUACAAGUAUGUUACAAAUAUGAAUCACUAUAAGUAUUAUUAUUAUAAUAAGUUUUUGUCCUUGUGGAAAUAUUACAUUGUGAUGAGGAAGGGGUAUCCAUCGAGUGAAAAGACGGAUGAAUGUGAAAGUAUAAACGGUCAGGUGGAAGAAGGUGAAUACGAUGAUGAGGAAGAUGACGAAGAAGAUGACGAUGUUGACGAAGAUGAUGACGAUGUUGACGAAGAUGAUGAUGAUGUUGAUGAAGAGGAUGACGAUAUUGACCAAGAGGAUGAUAAUGUUGACGAAGACGAUGAUAAUGUUGACAAAGAGGAUGAUAACGUUGACGAAGAGGAUGAUAAUGUUGACAAAGAGGAUGAUAACGUUGACGAAGAGGAUGAUAAUGUUGACAAAGAGGAUGAUAAUGUUAACGAAGAUGAUAUUGAGGAGGGGGGUAUCCUUGAUAAGAAAGAGGAUGUCCAUAACGAAGAUAAUGACAUUAAUAAAUAUAAUAACGAUGAUAAUCAUGACGAAGAAGAAAAUAGUAGUUAUGAAAAAUUUUCUUCCGAGAACCAUAUUAAUAAUAAAGAUCAUGUCGAUUUUUCUGUUGACAUAUUAGAUGAUGAAAUAAAUGUACAAAAACAAACAAAAACAUUUGAUAGUAGUAGUAAUUCAAAUGAUUCUUUGGGUUAUUCAUCUUACAUUUUUAAAUUUGAAAAAAAAAAUUCUAAUCAAAAUAAUAAGAACGAAAAAAUGGUAGAAAAUAAUAAUACGAGAGGUUAUAUAAAUUCAGGAAAAGAUAAUUUGAAGGAAUCUUUUGAAACAAAGGAUGAUAGCGACACAUCCUGUUCUAUAGACCUUAACAAUCUUAUCAUGAUAAAAUAA